AUGUCUUCUGAAGGCUUUCUGAAGGAAAUGCAAACCAUUGGUGAGAAGUUUCUCCUUAAACUCCAGAAACUGCCCAAGGCUGACCCAGUGGAGAUUGUGUCCUUUUGUGUGGUUCUUCUGUUUAUCGUUACUGUUCUGGUCCUCAUGAUCAUUGCCUGCAGUUGCUGCUGCUAUAGCUGCUGUAGCUGUGAUGGACGUCCUGACCACAGACGUAGGAAGAUCCAGGUCCGCCCAGUUACCCAUUCAUAA